UGCGGAACUCCCUACCAAAAAUUAUAGAUAUCGCGAUUAUUUUCGUAAAAUAAAUAUUUUUUUAUCGAUUUGAUGUUAUGUAAUAGUGUAUGUUGUAAAUAAGAGUUUUUUUUAGUUCUUUUUUGCAUAAUCUUGUGUGGUUUUCCCAAACAAUUUUUUGUUAUUUUUUUAAGUGUUUUAAAAAGAGUUUUUAAUUAAAGAUAAUUUGUUUGAUGUGUAUCAGUGAUAAGUGGUCGGUUCAUGAUAUAAUUUUGGAAGGAAAUUACUUGUCAAGGAAUGCAGUAUCGUAGGAGUCUAGCACCUCAGCUUCCAUGAUCGACAGCAGCCUCAUCACGACUUGCAGACACUAUGUGAACACAACAUGUUGCUCAAGCUGUGCAAAUCAUGCCAGUACUGUCUGGAGACGAUGUACUGGAACUGCUGCGAGGAGCGGUUCUGUUUCGACAAGAAGAUCGCCACAUACAAACUAGAAGAAGAUGCAGCUCAUACGAAUGGCUACAUCAACAGUGGAGCCAGCUUAGACAGCGUGGUUACCGAGCAACCCGUCAACAACAACCAUCUGCCUCCACGAGCUAUAGUUGGGAGAGAGGUCAAUGAGGUGCCGCUGCAUGCUGAUAAGCUUUAUGAGGUGUUCUCUAAAUCUCUAAUAUUUAGAGAUGAUCACGAACUCAAAGCGAAGACAGAAAGCACCAACUCUCUCGAUGAACUGGAGACCAAAUCCGAACCUGACUACUUAUCCGACAGACCGAACAGAACCAAAGUUUACUUCGAAGACGAAAUCAAUUCACCCGUCACUGACUUCGAAAUCAUGUUCAAGGAUGAACUGCUUGCUAACCACGACAUGUUCAAGAUUGACGAAGAAGAAGAGAGUGACAGACAAAGCCAGGACACAGAGGAAGGCCUCACUAUGAACGUAGCUGUUAAGAAACAAGAUGUUAUUAAACCAAGUACUAUAACAAUCAAAGAUGAAACCAAAAUAACCACACUAAGUCCUAUAUACCAGUAUGACCCGAUAUCUUCAAUGGCUUUACCUUCAGCAUUCUCUUUACCAAGAGUAGAAAGUGUAAAAGGAAUUUUGAGGAUGAGAGGUGAUAAUGAAUUCCCGAGGAGUAACAGUGCCAAGACUUUGGAAAGAGUCGACAGUAGCGGUAAAUUAUCGAAGCCAAUGUUAAGCAGAGUCGAAAGUUUGAAAAACAUAGAUCCUACCAAAUUAAACAGAGUCCUAUCAAGGGUUCCACAUAGAAGUGCAUCGUUCUUGAAUAUUCCUGAGCAUUUAGCUCCGGAGAAACCUCCGUUAGUCAAAAGCAAAUCAAUGGUAGGAGUGAUGUCAGCUGUAGAAGAAUUAAAACUGUCACAGUUACCUGACACUCCAAUUAUCAAGAGUAAUAACUUACCAAGGUUCUUCGCUGACUGUCCAUCGUUGCCCGAAUAUAAGGGAGAAACAAGUUUGCAGAGUAUUAAACAACAAUCAGCGAUGAUGUACCAAGAAGACUUUAGUAUGCCGAGGUAUUAUGGAACCGUGUCAAAGUCGACAGAACAGUUGCCGGUACACGAGAGCAAGUCAAUGCCAGAUUUGAGGAACCCAGCGAGCAAUUCUGGAAAGGUGAGCAAGAGACUGGUGAAGCUGAGAAGUAGGUUAAAGCCAUUGGUUAUCAAGAAGAAUUCCAAUGAGAGAUUGUAAAUGUAUCUUUGAAAAGUGCCUUUUGUAAGAUUGUUCAUAGUAUUUUAGUAUAAAUAAUCGAAGAUGUAAAAAAUGAAAUUGAUGUAAAUGGAAGAAUAAAUUUUGAUGCAGACGUUUUGGACCUUUAAGCAGGUUCUAAAGAAGGUUCCAUAUUCGUAGUUGUAACGAUUGAAGAGGCUUUUGAGUCUGUUUUUUUUUUCAAUUUUAUUGACUUUGAAGUAAUAAAUGACGUAAUAAAUUGACUUAAAAUUAUUAUUAUAAGAAGAACAAAAUGAUGUUUGUUGUUAGUAUUUUGCUCAAGGUUGAUCACAAUUUUAUUGCAGUUUUAAUAACUGAGAACAAAUGAUUUCAUUACUAGUGCUGAAGUAUGUUUUGUGAUGUACUUGGUAUUUCUUCUUUAAAGAAAACUUAUUUAUCUAUCUUUGUCUUACCUUUAUCUUUUCUUUUACCAGUGACUCGUAUUUUUCUUUUCUGGUUUAACUUAAGUUCCAACUAAGCAAAUUACCAAAAUAACUUAGUAGUUGUUGCUCAGAACAAUUUGUGAUUUAAAAUAAUAUGUUUUUAGAUGUAAGAAAUAGUAUGAUCCUACCUAAAUUAUUGUAAGUACUUAAUGUUAUUGUCUAGUCAUUUCAUCACAUUAUUAUGGCGAAACGCCUUUUUAAGUUGUAACUGUCACCCAGUGAAAAUGGCUGAAAAGAUUUCCAAUGCAAAUGUCAAGAUUUU